UAUAUAUUUCAGGUAUGUUGUAUUACACUUGAAAGAUAAUUAUUAUUUAAAAAAAAAUUGAAAUAACGCUACAGUUCAAAAAGUGCUGUUUGUAUAUACAAUAGAGUUAAAUUACAUAGAUGUCGCUGUAUUCGUAUAAGUGAGUGCUGUGUAUUGUCGCAAGAAUUGAUGUGCAGAAUGUUGGUUAAUAUAUGAAAUUGUUAUAAAAGAGACAAAAUAUGAAUUGAGAAUAUGCCGAUAUUGACACAAUAAUGUUCGCUUCAAACUUGUUUUAUUGUUAGAGAAGUUCUACGAUAUUUUCGUUCGCUAAUACGGAAUUUCCAAGCAGAUUCUACAGACGAAACAAAUGAAUAUGCUACACGCGUUUCUCAAGAGAAACCACGCAAAUACUUUGCGAUUAUAAAGUCAUGGAUGUCGUGUCUUGUAUGGACUUCAAAUUACUAUUACUAAAAAGACAAUUUCCCUAGUCGAUGAUAAACAAAUAUUUCAACUAUUUAUAAAUAUAAUAAUAGUUUCGAGUGAUACUAAUACCAGAGAUAAACAGGUACACGUGUGUGGAGGGAAAAAGAGGGACGAAAACAGCCGAAUCUAGUCGAAACAAGACGAUCAUUUUCUGAAGGGUCGAUCGGACUGCUGGAGCGUGAGCGCAGUUGUUGGUCGGCAAGCGCCGUGCUGUCAGUAUCGUUUCUGUUUAGUUCUUUCCUUUUUAAAUUUGAGGUACCAAUUUCUAUUUCUUUCUGUGAUUUUGAAUCGUGGCAGCUAAGUCAAAAAUUUAUUUCUAUUCAGAAAGAAAGAUUUGGAACGCAAGUUAUUGAGUACAUUGAUUGACAAGUAUUAUCUGAUACAUUGGUUACAUUUUAAAGGUGUAUCAGUUUGACACAGUCAUGUAAAUAGAAAGUCAUAUUAUUCUUAUCAUACCAUUUUCUGUACAUCAUUUGUCGAAUGUUCAAAAGACAACGGGGAAUAGCGAUCACGUGAUAUAUAUGCGAUACGUUACCACGUGUGCAAUACGUCAAGAGGUCCAUCGAAUUGCUCCGUACACCUUAACGAGGUUGUAAAUAGGUAUUAUAAAAAGACGAGAAACAUGCUGACGCGCUUGUUCGAGAUCCACGGCCGGUUCUGUGCUGGCCAUCCUCUCGAAGUGAUCGUGACGACCUUCACGCUUACAGCAUGCAUCCUGAACAUGGAGACCGGAAGCGUGCAGUCGCGGGAUAGAGCACUUCCUGUGUCCUCGCAUUGUCGACCUGGUCGAUGUAAUUCGGACGACCUAAAUGCGGCGGAUAUUAUAGUGAUGACUAUAAUACGAUGUCUAGCAAUACUAUUUACGUACCACCAGUUUCGUAAUUUACAAAAAUUGGGUUCCAAAUAUAUAUUAGGUAUUGCAGGCCUAUUUACAGUAUUUUCCAGCGUUGUGUUCACGUCCAGCGUAGUGAAUUUUGGUCGUAGUGAUAUCUCCGAUUUGAAGGAUGCGUUGUUCUUCUUCCUGCUAAUCAUUGACCUUUCGAAGGCCGCCAUAUUAGCGCAAUUGGCUUUAAGCUCAAGAAACCAAGAGGAAGUGAGAGCAAAUAUUGCUCGUGGAAUGUCGUUAUUAGGACCAACUAUUACAUUAGAUACUUUAGUAGCAACUCUACUUAUUAGCAUAGGAUCUCUAUCAGGGGUCAGGAGAUUAGAGAUACUGUGCAGUUUCGCUUGUCUUGGGGUCGUUGUUAACUAUGUCGUUUUCAUGACAUUUUAUCCUGCUUGUUUAUCGCUCAUCCUUGAGUUGUCUCGUGGCAGUAACACCAUAAAACCAUUAAGUGCAGAUAAGAUAUUCAUGAUGCAUCCAUUGAACGAAGAGGAUCAAAAGCCAAAUCCAGUAGUAGAACGCGUUAAAUUAAUCAUGAUGGCCGGCCUAUUUGUGGUACAUGCUAACAGUCGUUGGCCAUUUAAAACUGACGAAAGCGAACAUACGGUAGAAGGCAAGGUGUCGCCGACAAAUUCGCACAUUCUUGCGAAUUCAUACAACAAGACAGAAAGCUCUUCAGAAGUGAAGGAGUACUUGAUGAAUUGGCUGUCAGUUAGCGCAGAUAAUAUUGUAAUACUGAUCCUCCUCCUUGCGCUUGCGGUCAAAUUUAUUUUCUUCGAGGAUAAAGGAGAUAUCGUUAAGCAGUUGCGAUUCAAGGAAGAAGACGAUACGGAGGAUAAAGUUGAAAGUGAUGCUAUUAGUGAAAAUAUGAAUACAGCUGCUAUGAACAUGUCAUUACGUCAACGAUUUGGAGAAUCAUUAACCCCAAUGCGUUCAGCCAUUUUUCCCUUGUCAGGCGUAGGUGGUGGUUGGGUUGAAGUUGAAAAUGAAUCUCAAAUGGAGUUCAUCGACAAGGAAGUGCAAACUGACGGAAAACAGUUCAGUGCAGAUUCAUUGAGCAACGAAAGCCUACCAUUACAGUCAAAAGUUCCUAGAUCGCUAGAAGAAUGUCUCGAAAUAUAUAAGUCUGAACUUGGAGCAAGUGCAUUAACAGACGAUGAAGUCAUACAAUUAGUGAAAAACAAGCACAUAGCUACUUAUCAAUUGGAAAAAGCAGUUGGUGACAUGGAAAGAGGUGUUAGAAUCAGACGUCUUUUAAUUGGAGAAGCUGGAAAGUUCACUGAGAGUUUGACGGAAUUACCGUAUAAGGAUUACGAUUAUAGUAAAGUACUAGGAUCGUGUUGUGAAAACGUUAUAGGAUAUGUACCAGUACCUCUUGGAAUUGCUGGCCCGUUGUUGGUUGAUGGUGAACUGUAUCAUGUACCGAUGGCGACAACCGAAGGAUGUUUGGUAGCAUCGACAAAUCGUGGUAGUAGAGCAUUGUUAAAAUGUGGCGUGACAAGUCGUGUAGUAGCUGAUGGAAUGACCAGAGGACCAGUUGUAAGAUUUCCGAAUAUUGUUAGAGCUAGCGAAGCUAUGGUAUGGAUGCAAGAUGCAGAAAAUUUUGAAGAAAUGAAGAACAGUUUUGAUUUAACUAGUCGAUUUGCGAGAUUGAUUAAGAUUCAUGUGCGCAUCGCUGGUAGACAUCUUUUCAUUCGUUUUGUGGCAACAACCGGUGAUGCAAUGGGAAUGAACAUGCUCUCUAAAGGUACAGAGAAAUCGUUGAAUUUGGUGAAGGAACACUUCCCUGAUAUGGAAAUAUUAUCACUGAGCGGCAACUUUUGCGCCGAUAAAAAACCAGCAGCAGUAAAUUGGAUUCAGGGUAGAGGUAAAAGUGUGGUUUGUGAAGCCAUAGUACCUGCAGAUGUUGUUACCAAUGUGCUAAAAACAUCGGUUCAUGCUUUAGUCGAUGUGAACAUAAGCAAAAAUAUGAUAGGUUCUGCUGUGGCUGGUAGUGUAGGUGGUUUUAACGCUCAUGCGGCUAAUAUUGUUACGGCAAUAUUUAUAGCUACUGGUCAGGACCCUGCACAGAAUGUUGGUAGCAGUAAUUGUAUGACUUUGAUGGAACCAUGGGGAACAGAUGGCUCAGAUUUGUAUGUAUCUUGCACAAUGCCCAGUAUAGAAAUAGGCACGAUUGGAGGUGGAACUGGUCUUCCUGCUCAAGGCACAUGUUUAGCUAUGUUGGGUGUUAAAGGUCCACAUGCUAACCAACCUGGUGAAAAUGCAAGCAGGUUAGCUAGAAUAGUAUGUGCUACGGUGCUUGCUGGUGAACUUUCAUUAAUGGCAGCCCUUACAGCUGGUCAUUUGGUCAAAAGUCACCUUAGGCAUAACAGAUCAUCUACCACAGUGACAAAUGCAAUGACUGUUUCUGCAAGUAAUAUGGGGGAUAAAUUGACUGUGCCAAAUGUUUUGCAACAUGCAAAAAAUGUUUGUAAAGAGUUUGUAGAGAAAUCUUAGCAUGAAUCAUGUAUAAAUAGCUUGAGCCAUGUCUUCUUAAUCUUUUAAUAGAAUUCCAUGUACAUGCUAUUAUACAACUGCUUAAUCACAAUGUUCCAAAGACCAUUUUUUUUUUAUAUGGACAUAGGAGAGUAUGAACUAUAAAUCCAAACAAAAAUAGAAGUAAAAAUAAUGAAACGGUUUUAAUAAUUUCAGUGAAAAAAAAUGACAAUUUCAAAUCAGCUUUGACACGUUUACGAUUUAUAUUAUGUUUAAAGUAUUGUAUUUAACAUGCAACGAAAUGUGUAUACUUAAUUUACAAAGAAUUAUACAGUUGCUGUUGGUUGUAUAGAAUUAAUAUGAUGCAAAAGUUUUUUUUGCAUACACAGUCAUAAUUUUAGAUAGUGCAAUAUUAAUUUUUAGUUAUAACAAUUUAGUCAGUCAAGUUCUCAUAAUGUAGCAGUACAAAAUUAAUGUAUUCAAAGACUGUACAUUAUGUAAUAUACAAAGUAUAAUACAAUCAAAUUCAUGAAUGCUUUUUCAAAUUAAAUAAAGUAUAUAUAUACACAUAUAUUAAUAACAUAUAUAUGUAUAUAUACAUAUUAAUAAUACGUUUGUAAAAUAUUAAUAAUAUGUAUGUAUAGGAAUAUUACCAAUAAAUUUUAUCCGCGGAUUGGGAUAAUCAUGAGGGACUCAGAAGAUGCUGAAUCUUCUCAGAGCAAUGUAUAUUUAUUCAUAUAUGUGUAUAUAUUAAAGUACUAAAAUAA